AUGCUUUGUGUCGUAGUGCGGAGUGCAGCCUGCCGCAGAAGUGUGUCCACACUGUCGACGCCAGCGACGCCAUGGCCCAGGUGGAAGGAACCCUUCGGAGACCGGCGCCCAGCAGGCCGCCGCUUUUGCAAGCUGGAUGAUCUGCGCAUGACAGAGGACGGGCCCCUCAAGGCCAGCUGCCAGGCGGCCGCCGCAAGCAAAGCCGCGGUUCACAGUCCAAGCAGGGAGCAGCUUCUCUGUUUCGAUGCGGCAAUCUCCUCUUGCAGCCGUUGUAGCCAGUGGCAGCAUGCACUUAAGUUGUUCGAGGACAUGCGCGAGGAUGGACUCGCACCUGAUGCAGGAAUCUGGGACAAGCUGCUAGAUGCCAUGGUGAUAUCGGGCGAGAUGGCAGCAGCUGUGGCAUUGUACAGAGAGAAUGCCAUGCUUGGUUUGACUGCUGAGCCGAAGGGACUUUUCUUGCGUGGCAAGACCGUCGAGCUCGCAAAGCUCGCCGUUCGCGUGGCUUUGUUGGAAGUGGCGCUGAGCCCGAGCGCCCAGAAAGAUGCGAAGAGCAGACGCGACGUGGCGCUGGGUCUGAGAAGUGAUGGCAGCUUGUCGCUGAUUGUGGGUCUUGGGCGCCAGUCCAAAGGCGAGGCGCUCCUUGGCCCGGCUUUGUGGCAAAUGCUAAGUCAAGAGCUCGCAGUACAGAGCUAUGUCGACCCCGAGAACGAGGGAUGCUUACUUAUACCCAGUCAUGAGCUCAAGUCUUUUGCGAGAGGAGUCGCGAGAGUAUCACAAGAAUCAAAGAGAUGCAUCCGGAAAUUGUAUGUGUUGCAGCCACUGGCAUGUGUGUUUCUACGAGGGGUGCAUUCGGGCAAUUUCAUAGCCGAUUGUCUUCACUACACAGCCGUGGCAAACUCAAGCCGCUGCAUUUCGUUUGCUUGGCCAGCGCUUGACUUUGAGCGCGGAGCUCGUGCUUUGAAGGCCGAAGAGCGACCGUUUGCGCUCUGUGAAUCCGAGGCCAUGCUGUCUCGGGGCCUCUUGCGCAGUGCUUGCCGCAGGGACCCAAGAAACGUGCACCCACAAACACACAGCGCUUCUCCAGCCGGUCGUGGCUGA